AUGGUGACAGCCAUUCUGGUGAUUCAGUCAACAGCCUGUUCGCUUGCUCUUCCGGCCGGGUCGAUGCUCCUUAACGCAGCGUGUCCGGACCGGUCAGUUCUCGGCACGGUUAACGGCAUCGGUCAGAGCGUCUCGUCGGCAGCUAGGGCCAUCGGUCAACUAGUGAUGAUGGGCUGGCUGUACGGCGUGGGUCUAAAGGUUGGCAUGGUCGGUGUAGCGUGGUGGGCCAUGGCGGGAGUGGCCACGGCGGCUGCGGUGGCAGCGGCGUGUGUUCCGGUUGAACCCUCUAGUGAGAAGAGAGAAUUCAGUACACAUAGUUGUGUGGAGGCGGAAUGA